AUGGCACACACGUUCCUGUACGACUUACAUUUAUUUAGCAUUUUAGGAUAUCAUUAGGAGAAGUACAUGUAGAAGGUUAUACAACCAUGGCGUUCCUCAAGAAAAUAUUUGGCCCAAGGAAAAAGUCUCAGUCCGAGGAGAUAUCCAAUGAAAUCGAAAAUAUCAAUUCCAUAUCUGGACCUUAUAACUUUAAAAAGGGUCUACACAUAGGUUUUGAUGCAGAAAAAGGGCAGUUUGUCCACCUCCCUGAUACUUGGGGACGUCUUCUUGAUUCAACAAUCAGUAGCACAAACACACAGCAAUGUCAAGUUUAAAAAAUUUGUUCAAAAGUAAAAAGAAAAUUCGGGAUUCGGAGGCCAGUGAAAUUUCAGGGCCGAUUCCUGGGACAGUUAAACAUAAUGUUCAUGUUAAAUUUGAUGCUCAAUCAGGGAUGUUUGAUGGUUUGCCAGGGCCAUGGGAAAUGUGGCUUGAGCGUUCUAACAUCAGUAAAACUGAACAGACUGAGAACCCAGAUGCUGUAAUACAUGCCCUGAAGUACUAUGAGAAGUCAAUUAAGAGGCCCCAAAAUGAGAAGACUGUCAAGUAUAUCAUGGGAAGUGUGGAGAGCUUGGAAGAACUGGAUAGAGAUGAUGAGACUGAGGACACUGCUGAAUCUGCCACACCAACGAUACACGAGACUGAGGAAAUCCCAGAGGAACCAACAACACCACCCAAAGAUGCAAAACCAGACCUUCCACCAAAAGUUAAGAAUAAAGAGGAAACCAAGGAGGAGGAAGAGGACCUGGAAUAUGAGAACAUACCAAAAGAUAUUGCAAAAGUGAAAAUAAGUGAAGACACCCCACCUACUAAACCUGAAUUAGCAAAACCCACUCCACCAUUGAAGCGCAAGAAGACUUUCAAGAAAAAGAUGACUGAGUCUCAAAUAAUGGAUGGCCUGAGAGGUGUAUGCAGUCCAGGGGCACCUAAAGAUAAAUAUAAAAUUAACAAAAAAGUUGGCUCAGGGGCAUCUGGCACAGUGUGCGAAGCUGUGGACACAUCCAAUGGCCACAUAGUAGCAAUAAAGAUGAUGGACCUGGAGAAUCAGCCCAAGAAGGAGCUCAUCAUUACUGAGAUUGAAGUCAUGAAAGGUUACCAACACCCCAAUAUUGUCAACUUCCUGGAUAGCUACCUUGUAGAUGGCGAACUGUGGGUUGUCAUGGAAUAUUUGGAGGGAGGCGCCCUCACUGAUGUAGUGACAGAAACAAUAAUGCAGGAGUCUCAAAUUGCGGCUGUCUGCCAUGAAUGUCUUGCUGCUCUCAAAUACCUUCAUGAGAGAGAUAUCAUCCACAGGGACAUCAAGAGUGACAAUGUGCUGCUUGGAAUGAAUGGAGAAGUCAAGCUGACUGACUUUGGCUUUUGUGCACAAAUAACUGCAGAGAGGGACAAGAGGAACACCAUGGUGGGCACUCCUUAUUGGAUGGCACCCGAGGUGGUGACCAGGAAGCACUAUGGUAACAAGGUUGACAUCUGGUCUCUAGGAAUCAUGGUGAUUGAAAUGAUUGAGGGAGAACCACCAUAUCUAAAUGAAACCCCACUUAGGGCGCUCUAUCUUAUUGCAAACAAUGGGAAACCCGAGAUAAAAAAUACAAGCAAGAUGUCCAAAGAACUUUUAGACUUUCUUAACAAAUCUUUAGAAGUAGAUGUAGAUAAAAGGGGUAGUGCGGCAGAACUUUUGGAACAUCCAUUCCUGAAAAAGAGAGCACAAUUGACCACUUUACGACCUCUUAUUGUUGCCGCUAAGGAAUCCACAGGAAAUUGAGAAUAUCAUGGGAACAAUGACUUACCUGUAAAACCGCAGUGUGCUCAACAUAGACAGUUACAUCUGAUGUAUGUAGCAUAGUGGACCAUAUUCUAUUGUAUAAAUACAUGGUAAACUUAGGGGCUAUGUCAACGAUGUUGCCUCAACAUGUUAAUUCAAUUCACUCAUUUUUAAUUGUUUACCAGCACACUAUUGCUUAUCACUAUUUCCUUGAUCCAAUAAUCAUUCAUUACUAUCAUGAUAAUGAUGAAUAACUAUCACGAUAAUUGCAUUGUUACUUCUCAUUGCAUUACUGUCAUGAUAGUAAAACAUGAUUAUCAUGCUUAUCAUUAAUGUCAUCAUUACCACAUAUAACUAUCAUGAUAAUCCUGCAUUACUAUCAUAAUAAUCAUCAAGACUUGAAAGUACAUAUAACAUCACCCUUUAUAAAGUUUGUAUAUUAUACUCUAAGUAAAAUAUCAU